AUGUCGCAACCAAAAUUCGAGCUGCCAAUCCCUGCAGUCAAGUACUGCAUCCUCUCCUUUCCGCAGCCAAACAUCCUCCUCGUCGAACUGAACCGCGCCAAAGAACUAAACUGCGUCAACCUCGAAGGCCACGCCGAGUUGGACGCCAUCUGGACCUGGCUGGACGAGGAGCCAAGUCUAGUAUGCGGCAUCAUUACAGGCAAGGGCAGAUCUUUUUGCGCCGGGGCUGAUUUGAAAGAAUGGAACUCGCACAACCAAGGAGGCAAGAAACGCAUCCUCCCCGCUAGUGGUUUUGGUGGACUUUCCCGACGAAACGGCAGGAAACCCGUCAUCGCCGCCGUCAACGGCAUCUGCUACGGCGGAGGCUUUGAGGCUGCUGUCAACUGCGAUUUGCUCGUCGCAUCUCCCAAAGCUACAUUUUCUCUCCCGGAAGUCAAGAUUGGAGUCGUGGCGCUCGCUGGCGCACUCCCCCGAUUGAUCCGCACGGUGGGCAAGCCGCGCGCGAUGGAAAUGGCUUUGACUGGUCGUGCCAUCACGGCGGCCGAAGGGAUGGAAUGGGGUUUGGUAAACAAGAUUGUAGGGAAUGGCGAGGACGAGGUGGUGAAGGUGGCAAUUGACUACGCGAAAAUGAUUGCCGCCAACUCACCUGAUGCUGUGAUUGUGACUCGGGAAGGGGUGAAGAUGGGCUGGGAAGGGGUUGGUGCAGAAGACGCGACGCGCCAAACUGCCGAUACCUGGGCCGCGCGGUUGCAUGCCGGCGCGAACAUGAAGGAAGGCGUGCAGUCUUUUGUGGAGAAGCGAAAGCCACGGUGGACGCCGGCGAGGCUGUGA